GCCUGUGCUUCUUGCAGUGCUAGCCGUUAGCUCCAACUUGCAAUUUGCCAAGUUCAGCGCGGACACUACCUUGAAGAGGGGAGCAGGUUAAGAUGAUCAGGAGCCUUGGUGCUGGGCUGCUGGCCUUGUCGGUCACCGAGGUGCUGCUGGGUCUCGCCGUCUUCUCGCUCAUCUUCCUGGUGAUCCACAGGCGCCGGAUCCGAAUCCCCCAGGGGCUUCAGGAGCCGCCGGGUCCGUCCAGCCUGCCCCUGAUCGGCAGGAACCUGCAGCUGGGACCGAACCCGCACCUGAGACUGACCGCCCUGAGCAAGCAGUACGGAGACAUCUUCCAGAUUCAGAUCGGGAGCCGGCCGGUGGUGGUACUGAGCGGGCAGGACACGCUCAAGCAAGCGCUCAUCAAGCAGGGAGAUGGUUUCGCCGGGAGGCCGGAUCUCUACAGCUUCAGGUUCAUCAACGACGGCAAGAGCCUGACCUUCAGCCAAGAGAACUCCGAGGUGUGGAGGAUCCGUCGGAAGCUGGCGCAGAGCGCGCUGCGCACCUUCGCCACGGACGAGUGCAGGAACUCCACGCACUCGUGCCUGCUGGAGGAGCAUGUGAGCGGCGAGGCGCAGCACCUGAUCGGCAUCUUCACCGAGCUGACCCGGAGCCGCGGCGCCUUCGACCCGGUCCGCUACAUCGUGGUGUCGGUGGCCAACGUCAUCUGCGCCCUGUGCUUCGGUAAGCGGUACGCCCACGACGACCAGGAGUUCCUCAGCGUCCUCAGCGUGGCCGACGAGUUCGUGAAGGUCGCGGCGUCCGGUAACCUGGCCGACUUCAUCCCCAUCCUCCGCUUCCUGCCCGGCUGCUCCAUGAGGAAAUUCAUCAACAUCAACAUCCAGUUCACGAACUUCAUCAAGAAGAUUGUCACGGAACAUUACAACACCUUUGACAAGGAUAAUAUACGCGAUAUAACCGAUUCCCUGAUCGAUCACUGUCAGGACAAAAAAAUGGACGAGAAUGCCAACAUUCAGAUAUCUGAUGAAAAAAUCGUCAGCCUGGUUAAUGAUCUAUUUGGAGCUGGUUUUGACACCAUAACCACAGGGCUGUCCUGGACUAUUAUGUACUUGGUUAAAUAUCCUGACAUUCAGAAGCAAGUGCAAAAGGAAAUAGAUGAGAACAUUGGCAGAGCUCGAAGCCCACAGAUAUCGGACAAGUUACUACUGCCAUAUACAGAAGCUUUCAUAUUGGAGACCUUCCGCCACUCGUCCUUUGUCCCGUUCACCAUUCCUCACUGCACAACAAAAGACACAACGCUGAAUGGAUAUUUUAUACCUAAAAAUACAUGUGUUUUUGUGAACCAGUGGCAAGUGAAUCAUGACUCGUCACUCUGGAAAGACCCAUUUAGUUUCUGCCCACAACGGUUCUUAAACCCUGAUGGAAAAAGCAUCAACAAAGCAGAAAGUGAAAAGUUGCUACUGUUUGGCAUGGGAAAAAGGAGAUGUAUUGGAGAGUCCAUUGGCCGCAUAGAAAUCUUCUUGUUUUUCACUGCUCUUGUCCAACAGCUGCAAUUCGAGAAAAAGCCAGGUCAGGACAUUGAUAUGACCCCACAGUAUGGAUUGACUAUGAAACACAAGAGAUGUGAAGUGCAAGUGGUGCACCGUUUCCCAGCUACUGAAUGACCUGACAGUGUCUUAAUUCUGCAAGAGCUAAAUAAAGAAGUGAACUCUAUAUUUUUGGAGAUUACAAAUACAUACCAAUGGUAUGAGGGAAUAGUUAUACCUUAAAUUGUAUGUUCUGUUAUAAUUAAUGUAUUAUGCUGUUGUGCCACUGAUGCCUUGUAUUUAAAAUACCAAUGAAGAAUUAUCUUACCGUAUAAGCAGAGCCAAAGAGUAAAGAAAAUGAAGUUUGAGAAGCUGUGUUCAAAUGUAACUCAUGUAACAAUGUAUUUUUUAAAGUAUAAAAGAUUUCACUAUUUUA